UUAGGGAGGGUGUCUCUUUUUCCUGAGGAAAAUGCCUCAUCAUCUGGUAGCAAAAUGAACGGCUGCCUCCGACAUUCCAGCAGAAGGCCCCAAAAUCUUGGAGAGUGAAACACACACACAUACACACAUACUUUCUCACUGUCUUACUCUCUAACACACUCCCAGACACGGGGAUGGAUUUGCCAUGAGCUGACUGCCCACUUCACUCUAAGUUAACCAGUGCCAGAAUGCCCAUCUUUAAGAAGCUGCCCAGGAGGCUCAAGAAUAACCAGAGCAAUGGUGAUGUCAUCCAAAAGAGUAACCUUGCUAACGGUGAACUUAUCCUUAAAAGUAACCAUAGCAACGGGGAGCUCAUUCUGCCACCAUCCGAUCUGAAUCCGUUUGAGGGGGCUUGGGCAGGUAUAGGGUGGAAUAAUGAGGAGAAUGGAGUUUGGGAAAAUGGACAGGACUACCAAAGAUCAUCUCAGGUGAGUGAGGCGCUGGAGAAUGAGGCAAACACGGAGCAGCGUGGAGGGUCGAAGGUUAACGAAGGAUCGAAAGAAAAGAGAGGAACUCUGGGACGGAUCUGUGGCUCAUCACCACUGAAGACCCUGGGAAAGUUAGGGAAAGGACUUCGUAUCACUGGAAAAAAUGUUUGGGGUGCUGCCCCUUCGAUGCGGAGUGCCACCCUCCCGGCAACACCUUCCUCAGGAAAAAAGAGGAAGAUAAAUUAUAGACGAGCCUCAGAGGAGAUCAUGACUUUACUGAGACUGGCAGGCCGUCGUAAAGAGAGCGAGCGCAGAGAUAGUCUGCCCACAGGCGAUCUGACCAUCGAAGAUGAUGAAGACAGUCUUCGUCGUCCCUCAUUCCUACGUAUGGUCAGUCUGAGCAAGCUCAAACGUGACUCACUAACAAACAACAGUUCCCAGGGAUCCGAGCAAGAGCUGGUAGAGGAAGAGCAGCCAGUCAAACGCAGGGAGCCGCUAUCAGUGUUGGAGAUCUUGCAGUUGGUUAAUCAGAGAGACCUGCUGCUUGCCGACACGCACAUUCAAGAGCUCGAGAGGGAGUGUGAACUUGAUCCCUCCCCUUUGACACAAUCCACACCCACUUCAACCACACCCAGCACUGCAACAACUCCCUCAUUGGCCUCAUCUCCCUGGUUCCCCCUGCUGGCUGGUUCAGGCAAUGACGAGUCCGGUCCAAACAUGUGGGAUGCCGGGCUGCGUAAAGUGAAGGAUGUAGAGCUGCUUUACGAAGCCCUUCAGAACGAGAUGUGGGAUGUGGUGAGAGAGUCGCUCCGUCAACCCUGCACCGGGCCUCAGCUGGGCCUUGUGGUUCUGGUCAUACAGCAAGAGGAGCAGGCUGACAAAGUCUGGGCACUGCACCAGGAGGCCCAGGCCAACCUCCAAGCCGAAGAUGACUCGGAAGACCGCCCGAUCUCGCGUGAGAUCGCACGACCCUCCAAGCGACCCAGGAGGCUGCGUCAGGGAUGGGUGGAUGCCAUGGGAGAGGCAGCCGACUGGUGUCUUCCACAGCCAGGAGGCAUCGCCGCAGGUCAGAUGGCCAUGUAUUUGGAGCGUCUGAGGGGCAGGGUGGUGGAAGAUAUGGACGCGGCACGUCGGAACGUGGUGGCGGUGUAUCCUGAGGAGUUCGGGGUGUUUCAGGUCUACAUGCAGAGUUAUCACAGGGCUGUCGCCAAACGGCUGAAGAGCAUCACUUGUGGACCCAUUCAGAUCACUGAUAUAUACUCGUUGCUGGAUUGGAUCUACAACAUUUACAACAGGGACGUCUUGGCUACAGUUGGGGCAAUGGGCACAAUAGAUUGUGAAGCUCUAGAUCCUCUUCUACCAGAAUAUGUCAUCAAUCGGCUGGAACAGGACUGUGUCGACACUGUUUGGGAGAAGGUGACUACAGAGCUGUCUCAGGUUUUGGAGGAUGAAGAAAAGCGAUGGGCACAGACAUUGCACAUUGAAGAGUAUCAAUCUGGCCUCGCCCGUUCUAUUAUACAGAGGUUGAAAGUAGAUUUAGACAGAUCAACUGCUGUCAGUCAGCCAUUAGGAGCCAGUAUUGCUCGCUGCACCUUGAAUGGACUUGCAGAUUUCCUGCACAGUUUCCAGAGAAAAGUUGAGAUGUUUCAUAACACACAGUCAGAGUUUGGAGAUGGUGGGGAUGGUUAUGUCUCCAGGACGAUUGCGCUUGUCAACUGUGUUCCACCUUUCAGGAGUUUUGUGGAGCGCUGUCAUAUGUGUGACCCCCUCGGCAGUGAGGACUUCUCGCAGCGAGCUCAUUCCUCUCUAGAGCGAAUCGUCAACCACUCUGUGCGAGUUCUCGCUGACAUACUGUUUGAACAUAUCAGGCCAUUCUUUGAUAAGCUGGUGAAGAGGAAGUGGCUGGAGAACAAUGAGGCCUAUGAGAGCAUUGAGACAUCUAUUAAACAGCACUUUAAAAAGUUUCGCAGAAUGGACUGCCCUCCGUAUCAGACACUGGUGAAUGAGGUGCACAGGCGGGUCCUGGUUGAAUAUGUUCGUGCCAUCAUGAGGGGGCGUGUCAUUUGUACGUCACUCAAAAUGAGGAAGAGAGUGGCAUUCCGUCUGCAGGAUGAAGCCAAACAGUUGAAGGCUCUAUUUAGGGAUCUGGAGUCAACUGCUUCCUGGUUGGACAGUGUGAUUGUUCACCUGGCUGACAUCAUAGUGUUAGAAGACACACCUUCUAUUCAGAUGGAGGUUGGAGUUUUGGUGAAGGAGUUUCCAGAUAUACAGAGAAGACACAUCUCUACUGUGUUAAAUGUCCGUGGGAUGGUGCAUCAAUCGGACCGUCAGGAGAUUCUAGCAGUUGUCCGGGAUUUAGAGAACAGCGACAGCUCCAUUAAUCUGCCCAGGGAUCGUGCCCUCUUCUCGGAAAUCGCAGUGGCCAAAGACAUGCCCUGUCUGGGGUUGGUUCUGAUUCGCUGUGCUCUGACUGUGUCAUCAUGGGUCGCCAGCGCCCGACCGCAUCGUAAACACAGCAGACGGAGCCGGAACGAGAAGCAUGCGGAUGGGAGAACCCAGUCAAGGCGUACAAAGCGUUCUGACAGAUUAUAAAAUAAGGCAUAACUACAAUGCACAUCAUUCUUAAAAAAGCACAAGUAACUAUAUAGAAACAAAAAUCACAACACAUACAAAACAAAAAAUGAAUGUAUUGUUAGCACACAACAAAAACAAGUAGGAAAAGAUGUGGCAAGAAAAAGUAUGUGAACCUUUUGGAAUUUCAUGGUUUUCUGAAUAAUUUGUCAUAAAAUGUGAUCAAGGGUAUUGAUGAACAUAAUGUCUUUAAAAAUAAUGACACAAAAAUAUUCAUAUCUUUCAUGUCUUUAUUAAACACACUCGUUCAAAAUUCAAAAUGGCAGUGGAAAAAGUAAGUGAACCCUUAGAAUUAAUAACUGGUUGAUUCCUCCCUUGGCAGCAAUAACCUCAACCAUGCGCUUCCUUUAGCUGUGGAUCAGACCUGCACAUCGCUGAGUAGGAAUUUUAACCCAUUUUUCCUGGCAGAACUGCUUUAGCUCUGUCAUAUUUUUAUGUGUAUGGCCCUUUUCAAGUCAAUCCAUAGCAUCUCUAUUGGGUUGAGGUCUGAGCUCUGAAAAGGCAGAUUUUGUUUUUCUGAAGCCAUUCUGUUGUGGACUUGCUCUGGUGUUUUGGGUCGUUGUCCUGUUGCAUCACCCAACUUCUAUACAGUUUCAACUGACGUACAGAAAUUCUCACAUUAUCCUGAAGAAUUAUCUGAUAUACUUGGGAAUUCAUCUUCCCCUCAGGGAUUGCAAGCUGGCCAGGCCCUGAUGCAGCAAAGCAGGCCCAAAUCAUGAUGUUUCCUCCACCAUACUUUACAGUUGGGAUGAUGUUUUCAUGAUAAUAUGCCGUGCCCUUUCUAUGGCAGAUGUAGUACUGUGUGUUUUUCAAAAUAGUUCAGUCUUAUUUUCAUCAGUCCACAAAACCUUUAACCAACACCGCUGUGGAGUGUCAAUGUGCUUCAGGCGUGCAGCAAUGUUCUUUUAGUAAGCAGUGGCUUCCUUUGUGGUGUCCUGCCAUGGAUACACUGCUUGUUUAGUGUUUUAUGUAUUGUAGACUCAUUAGUUAGACUCAUUAACAGAGAUGUUAGCAAGUUCCAAUGAUGCCUACAAAUCUUUGGUUGUCAUUCGGGGUUGUUUCUUUACCUCAUUGACGAGUUUUCGUUAUUCUCUUGGUAUCAUUUGGACUUGGUGUCCACUUCUUGGUAGAGUAGCAACAGUCCCAAAGCGUCUCCAUUUGUACAGUGGUGAAUUUCUUUGAAAAUAACUUUGUAAACCUUUCCAGCUUUAUGUAAAGCAACAAUUCUUGAUCAUAGCUCCUCUGAAAGCUCUUUUUGGUGAGGCAUGGCUCACAUAAGCGUUUUCUUCUCGUGCAGAGCAAACUCCAAAAGUUUGAGGGUUUUUUAUUAGUCAAAGGAGCUGUAGUCCACACAUCCAAGCGUAUUAUCUUAACAAGACCUUACUUCAAUUAGCUUUUUUUGAGGUCAUUAACUCAAGGGUUCACUUACUUUUUCCACAAGCGCUAUGAGGUUUUUUGUUUGUUCUCAAUAAAGACAUGAAAGAUCAGAAUUUUUUGUGUUAUUUUUUGACACAUUAUGUUUGUCAAUACCCUUAAAGGAUUAGUC